GGGAGGGAAGAAAACGAGAAGGUUUAGAAGGUGCGAAGUAGGGAGUGCUCCGUAAUUGAGGAGGAGGAUGGAUCCAGAGGUGGCUUUAGAGUUGGUGAAGCGCGGUGCUACGCUGCUUUUCCUCGACGUUCCCCAGUACACGCUCAUAGGCAUCGAUACUCAGGUAAUAUGUUCCGAAUAGCUAAAACCUAAUUCUAUGCCGAAUGUUGCUUCAUCAAUUUUGCUGUGAAUUUGCUGGCGUUUGUAGAUGUUUUCUUCGGGACCUAAUUUCAAGGGCAUCAAGAUGAUUCCUCCUGGAGUUCAUUUUGUCUUUUAUAGCUCUGCUAACAGGGAAGGCAAUGCAUUCUCACCAAUUAUUGGUUUCUUCAUUGUUUUGAAGCCGUCAGAGGUAAUUGUUAGGAAAUGGGAUAAAAAAGAGGAGCGGUUUGUCAAAUUCUCCGAAGAAGAUGUAGCAGUUUGUUGAAAUGAAAACCCUUGUGCUUGUCUAAAAGAAGCGCCCUUAUUUUUACCUUCGUGUGCAUCUUGACCCCUCAAAUGGCAACGGAGUUGUGAUUAUACGAGGUUUGUUGUUGUGGCAUCCACAUAAAUUUUUGGUAAGGAGGCCGAAAUUACACGUUAAUGGUAACACAUAUUGUUGUAAACGAAUUGAGUCAAAUCAAAUAUCCAAAGAUUUGGUUUGAUUUGAUUAUUGUAGAGGACAUUUACAAGCAUUUAAUAUUCAUAUCUCAAUGUCAAUUUUUCGUCCAUUGCCCAUGGAGCUAAAAGAGCCAUUAUUGACAAUGCUUUAGUUUGGGCACAUGAUGGACUGAAUAAAAAUGGCACAUUAAACUUACCUUGAUUCUUACUUUCAAUGAAAUUUUGGGCAGUAACUGCAGCAGUGCAUCUAAAAUGAUAGUAAAAUCUAAUGAAAAUAGCCUAUUUGUCAUUACAGGGGUAAGACUGCACACAUCUUGACCCACCAGAUCCCAAUGAAAAGGAGAUCAUACUGGGUUGUCAUUGUUUAUGUCAAUAUCUAUUCCGUCUAUUCAUAUUUAUGUGGCUCACAACAUCUCUUUCUUCUAAAUAAAAUUUAUCUAAACUAUACUUUACAACACUUUUUAAAACUCCGUGAAGUCAAAGUGGAAAAUAUAGUUUAGGAGGGAGAGAGUAUUAAAAAAUGAAUGAAUGUGAACAUGAUGUAUCUCCACAUUAAGUUUUUUUUUAUAAAUUUGAACAUGAUGUAUGCAUGAAGAAAGUCAUAAUGAAAAGUUAAAGGAGAAUGGAGCCAGUAGUCCCAGUACUCGUAUAAUUUCGAAAAGAAUUAUAAUGCCAUAUUCAUUGAUAUGUAACUGGAAUUAGUUUAACAAAUCUAGAAUUACAGA